AGGAUUUGGUCUUAGUGUCCAUUCGUCGAUGUAAAAGAGGCGUGGCUUGUGGCUUUCCACUCCUCAAACCUAACACUGCUAGAAAUAGUGUAUGACCUUAAAAAGGUCAAAGUAACCGAAAAGGGCAGAUGUCCUUUAGACUGAUAUAUACUGCUAAGAAGCAAAAAGAUUCUGAAUGACAUAGCAUUUAUCAAAAUGUGAAGGGGAUGAUUGUAAUAUAUUGUACAGGAAAUAUAGCCUCUAUAUCACUCUCACACAAUACUGAAUCACAUCCUAUUGCAUCGUAUCCAGUUAAAACAGCUCUUAAUCUUAUUAAACUGCUGACUACUUUAAACAUAUCUUUCAUACACUGCACUGUUUGUAUUGUGAUGCACAUUAUAUCGUCUUACGAGGAGACAUAUACACACAAACCUAUUCCCAUAUCAUCAUGUUACAUCAUGUGUCACAUGACUGUGAUUUUUUGUCAGUGAACCAUGAGCUGAACUUAGCUGAGUCAAGCGUAAUGAGCAGAUGAGCAAAGUCUCAGACAGCAGAACAAAAGGAAAAAUAAGGAAAAGAGUACAUUGUGCAUUCAUUUCCAACGCAAGUCUGAAAAAAAAAACAGGUUUGACCCAUAUAGUGACCUAUAUAGGUGGCAAGGAAGCAGCAGAACUGACCUAUUUUACAACUAUUUUGGCCUGGUACUAUUUACUGAUACUGAUGAAGUUCCUACGGCGACGUAACGACGAUCAUUUACAUGUGAACGAUGAUUGAUUCAGUGUUAAAGGGAUCCUUUAAUCAGUAAUCCUCCAGCACAGUGGAUCUCUUAUUCAUAAAUCAGAAAGCAAGGCUUAGAACAUCCAGUGAACAGGGACGGAUAUAGAUACAAAUACUAUAUACAGUUUUUUUUUUUUUUUUUUUUUUUUUUUAAAGACAAAUACACAAGAGUUAAUUAUAAAAUUAUAUUAAUAUAAAACUAUUCAAAAGUAGUACAUAAGCUAGUGAGCUUGAAAUUAUUCAAAUUUGUUUCCAGGAUAAUUACAUAAGUACAUUUCUAUACAUUUAGUGUUCAUAUCGUAAACUAUGUUCUUAGCAGUUUAAGAAAAAAAAUGUUUUAAAUAUAAAAUUAUGAUUAUUAUUAAUUAUAAUAAUCAGUUUACGUUCACAUUCAUUAGCGCGACGGAGACAAACGCGCAUGCGCACUACGCAGUACACAAUGUCACACGCGCACGGCAAACAACAACCGCAUCAGUAGCACUUUCGUUUGAUUGGUGCAGUCAGUGGUGGGCGGGGCAAGGGGCGGGGCUAUCCCAACGCUAAAAUCAGUCCAUAUCGCUGGAGCUCCGCAUUCGGGAAAGCCGUUAAGCGUAACUAAGCAACGCAGGCGUUUCCAUUUCAACUCGCUUUUUUUUUUUUUUUUUUAAAUAAUGAACGCCUUUAACUUUUUAAUUUACAAGACUUUAUAAGGAGUUUAUUGAUUUCUUUAUUUAUUUAGAAAGGAUUUGUCCCCGAAGACGAUGCGAUGAGAAGUAAGGCGGUUGGGAGCGGGACGGUGCGGCUGGAGGCGGCGGAGGGAGAGUGGAGCAGACCGCGGAGUUUUCCGGUCAUAGCGGAGGAGUCAUGCGGGCAUCACGGCCGCAUCAUGAAGGGGCUCACGUUCUUCCUCCUGCUGCCUGCGGCGCUCAAACAGUCCAGGAAAGCCGCAAAGGGCUCCGGCAGAGCGCCGACCUGCCUGACCGCCGGCGCCGCGUCCCUCAGGAAGAUGAAACCCGCCGCGGAGCUGCAGGAGGUCACCGGGAACAGCGGGAGCUCCGCGCUGACUCUGCCCGAGGAGGAGCGCCGCAGCCCGGCGGAGCAGAGCGACAGCACCGCGGAGGAGAACCGCGCCGGGGAAACACACACACAGCGGGGACACACACACACCAACCUCCGCGACAGGAACGCGGUGAUGUUCAAUAACGAACACAUGGCAGAUGUGCACUUCAUCGUCGGUCCACCAGGAGCAACACACAAAGUUCCAGCGCAUAAGUACGUCCUGGCUGUCGGGAGCUCUGUUUUCAGCGCCAUGUUUUAUGGCGACCUUGCCGAGGGAGACUCCGAGAUCCAGAUACCAGAUGUGGAACCGGCUGCUUUUUUAAUCCUGCUGAAGUACUUGUACAGCGAUGAGAUCGAGCUCAAUUCGGAAACAGUCGUGGGGACGCUCUACGCAGCCAAGAAGUACCUCGUGUCUGCGCUGGUUAGCGCUUGCGUGCGCUUCCUGGAGUCGAGGCUGGAAGCGGGUAAUGCUUUUGCACUGCUCUCUCACUGUCGCGCACUGGACGAGUCCGAGCUGGCGCAGAGCUGCUGGCGGGUCAUCGACGCCCAGGCUGAGCUGGCGCUAAGAUCCGACGGCUUCCUCCAAAUCGACUCGGGUACGUUAGAGAGCGUCCUGCGACGCGACUCACUAAACGCUAACGAAUCUGCCGUGCUGCAGGCGGCACUGGCGUGGGCUGAGGCAGAGUGCCAGCGGCGUGGCACGAGCGCCACGGCUUCAAGCAAGCGAGCCGUGUUAGGUGAAGCGCUGCACCUUUUACGCUUCCCUGCCAUGACGCUAGCAGAGUUUGCUAAUGGCGUGGCGCAGUUUGACUUCCUGACCCCGCAGGAGACACGCGAUAUCUUCCUCUGGUUCACCGCAGCUGAGAAACCGCGGCUGGAUUUUCCCGUGUCGCCGAGGACGGGGCUCGAGCCGCAGCGAUGCAGCCGGUUCCGGUCCUCGGCGUACCGGAGCAAUCAGUGGCGAUACCAAGGACGAUGUGACAGCAUCAGGUUCGCGGCUGAUCAGCGCGUUUUCAUGGCUGGACUUGGACUUUACGGAUCCAGCGAACGGGAAUGUGAGUACGGUGUCCAGAUCGAGCUGAAGAGACAAGAAGAGAUGCUUGCACAGAGGUUGACGAAGUUCGUGUCGGACGGUUCGAGCUCAGCGUUCGUCGUGUUUUUCGAGCAGCCGGUGCAGGUGGAACCGGACGUUUUCUACACGGUCAGCGCCGUUCUGGACGGAACCGAGCUUAGCUACUUCGGACAAGACGGCAUGACGGAGGUCCGCUGCGGAAAAGUCACCUUCCAGUUCCAGAGCUCGUCCGACAGCACCAACGGGACGGGGGUGGAGGCGGGGCAGAUCCCAGAUCUCGUCUUCUACACGUGAGGACUUGGACCGGUCCAUUACGGACCUGGAUUUGAGGAUACUCGAUUACAUAACUAGGACACUAUGAAAUAGGACAGUAAGAGGUACGAGUGAUUACAUUCUCCGGACUGACGACACUGGGACAGAAACGAGGGGGGGAAAUUCCUCAAGUUUUCUUCUACACAAGAGGAUUUGGACCAGUCCAUUUCAGAGAUGACCUGGAUUAGAGAAUGGCUAAUUCCAUAACUAGGACACUAAGAUGCCUGCGUGAGACGGCGGAGGGUGGGACAGAUUCCCAUAGUCGACUGUACACGUGAGGAUUUGGACUGGUCCAUUUCACAGAGAAUUACGGGGGUCUAAGGAGAUUUAAUUCCAGAAAUAGGACUUCUCACAUUUUCAAAGGAAUGCUCUUCAAUCUUAUUUAUUUCUUUAAGCUUAUUAUUUUAUUCUGUAUAUCUUAAUUUAAACCCAUUUUACUUUUUUUUUUUUUUUUUUUAAAUUACUAUCACACAGAAAUAUCUGCCUGUGAACAGUGACGUUGGAUUGUACUGCUCUGAAAAGCGUGUCUCUUUCUAAUGUGUUUUAUUUAUUUAUUGUUUAUUUUCUUAACAGCUUGACGCUGGCUGAGAGAAUACGGAGGUUGAAAGUAUCUGCAGAGCUGCAGAUUAGCAAUUCAUUACUUAAAAUAAAAUGUAAAAUAAGCCACAGGAGAUCUAAGUGGUCUGAUGAGCCUGAUUUUCUACUUUUUUAUAUGAUGAUAUAAAGUGAGACAGCAAGGGGGGUGUGUGUGGGUGUGGGUGUGUGUGUGUGCGCGCGCAGUGCCACAGCGCCCUCUGGGUCUAAACAGGAACACUGCAUUCACACAGACACCACACAACACACACCUGACUUUUUGGUCUAUAUGAUUUCUUUGAGCAAAGCAAUUACUCAAUGCAUCAGCAGUGUGUGUGUGUGUGUGUGUGUGUGUGUGUGUGUGAGUGAAAGUAUGAUGUAUGAAAGGUUUACCUAUG